AUGACCGCCACCGCCAAGUCGCGCGUCCAUUCCAGCUCCACCGGCUACGGGGCCGUGGACUCGCCGCCGUCGUCGCCGCUGCUUCCGACCAGGCCGCGCCGCGACUCGACCGAGUACCUGUUCAAGUUCCUCGUGCUGACGCAGGUGUUCAUGUACCUGGAGGCGGGCGCCGUGCCGUCGCUGCUGCAGCAGUUCACGCUCACGUUCCGACUAAGUCCGCAAGAGCAAGGGCUGCUGGGCGCCAUUGUGUACAUCUCCAUCUCGCUGGCCUCCCCCUGGUGCAGCACGCUCUUCCGCCGCUUCGACCCGCGCCAACUGCUCGGCGUCUCGCUUGUGGUCAACAACCUCGCGGUGCUGGGCCUCGCUUGCGCGCCGACUACGGCCUGGUACUCCAAGUCGCUGCUGAUCUUGCUGCGCGGCUUCGUCGGGUUGACUCAAGCCUUCAGCUGCGUGUACUCGCCGCUAUGGGUGCACGACUACGCGCCCAAGGCGAAGCGCGGUACCUGGAUGAGCUAUCUACAAGGCGCUGUGCCCGUCGGCAUUACGCUAGGCUACUUUGCGGGCUCGGUUACGAUCUGGCUGGCGUCAGAAGGACCCGAGGCGGCCGCGACCUCAUUGCAAGGUGUGGUGACCGCUUUGUCAAAGGCAGCGCUGGGGAUCAAUGCGAACUCCGAUCUCGUAGACGGCGCCGACGAAGCCUCGAUGAGGCUUUGCCACGGAAUCUACUGCUGGCGCUGGCCGUUCCUCACCCAGUUUGCACUGAUCAUGCCGCUGUCAAUCCUGAUCUUCUUCGUUCCGCGGGAACACAUUCGACUACGCGCCACUCGUCGCCGCUCCAUCGUCAUUGUGGACGCAGAUGAGGAUGAAGAUACCAGCUUGGAGGAGAGCAACUCCAGGUGGAGCAAUCUCUGGCUGUUGCUGCAGCACAAGGUGUACGUGUUUAUUGUCAUGGGGCUGUCGGGGCUCUUCUUCGUGGUUGCGGGCGUUCAGUUCUGGACGACGUUGUAUUUGGAGACCAACACGGAGGACUCGAUGUACGAGAUUCAUCUCUCGUAUCUACUUGUAAGCGGCACUGGUCCGAUCAUGGGCGUGUUCUUUGGCGGCUGGCUCAUCGAUCAGUUCGGCGGGUACUCGGGCCCGUACCACCAAAUGCAAGCUCUGCGUGUGUGUAUGGUGCUGGGUGGUGCUGGUUGCCUGGCCGCGUUGCCAGUGUCGUACGUGCAUAACACGUUCUACAUCGCGGUGUUCCUGUGGCUCAUGCUCUUCUGCGGAGGCAGCAUCCUUCCAGCCUGCUCAGGAAUUGUGAUUUCAGCCGCGCCACCACGGCUGCGCCCGCUGGCCUCGUCGGUGGCGUACGCGAGCUACAAUCUGUUCGGGUACGCGGCAUCUAACUAUGUCCCCGGCCUGAUCAUGAAUUUUAUCAUCGACCCAAGUGCAGACGCAGAUGCGGAUACCAGCGGUCUCGGAAGUGUUGGAUCAUGCAACGCUGCCUGCACGUACCGUAUCGGCUUCCGCAUCGUGCUGCUUUGGAGUGUUUGGGCUUUCUUCUGCCUCACGUGCGGUGCUAUCGAAUCGGGUCGAAACUAUAGGGCGACCAUUACCGGGCACUACAACGGAAAGCAACAGACAACGGCAACGGCGACCUCGCAUCAACCAGUGUUUAAGAGCGUCGUGUAAGCAAUGCAUGUGGCACCU